CUAAAAAUACAAAAAAUUCCGGAGAAAGGUUCCGAAUUUCUCCACUCACAGCCGGUUCCCUUGACUUAAAACUUACCCAAUGCCAUGGAUUAUGGGGACAAGACCUUGAUAAACCUGCCCAGCUACGCCGAUCGCUAUACGGACAUUCCUCGUCUCAUCCGAUUGAAGUUCAUUGCCCAGGUCUGCCCGCAGCUGAGUGUUCCUGCCCUUGAGUUGGCCCUCAAUCACGUGAAGACCACCUACAAUGUCAAGUUGUACGACGAGCUCUACAAAACGCUCUGCGUUGAGGUGGACAGGAAAUACACCACCCAUGGAAAAGAACGUCAUGCCCCCGAUGGCAACGAGCCGAGCACGUCGAGCGGCAGGGGGAGAGCCUUGGUGCCCUAUGAUUCCUACUGGGUGGAGGACAACACCAUGGAAGCCACGCUGAUGCUCCAGGAACUGGACGCCGAACUGAACUUCAAGAAAUCGAACUCGGGCAGCUCUUAUGUGCGGCGCAUUCUGGAGGAGAUCGGGGAUCAUUACGAGAAGAGCGGAAACCUGCAGAUGGCGGUCAAGUUUUAUGCUAGAGCCAGGCCCUACUGUACCAGCAGCGAGAAUGUGAUCAAUAUGUUCCGGAACCUGAUUAGGGUCUCCAUUUACAUGGACAACUGGUGGUACGUACUCACCUACAUCGAUGAGGCCAAGCAGUAUGCCUUUGGAUUCGAGAAUCUGGCCCUGGAGGUACCAGGUCGUCUAAGCUGUGCUGCCGGCUUGGCUUACAUGGGCCUAAAGAUAUACAAAACAGCCGCCCAAUAUUUCCUGAACACUCCGUUUGGGCGGUACGAUUACGACAAAAUCGUGGCACCCGAAGACGUUACUCUAUAUGCUGGUCUUUGCGCUCUAGCCACUUUUGAUCGGGAGAGCCUACAGCUGGGCGCCAUCAACUCGGAAGCAUUUAAGCCAUUCUUUCAGCUUUCGCCCAAAAUGUGGCACAUAUUGGCCAAGUUCUACGCGGAUGAGUUCGACGCCUGUGUCACCCUGUUACGAGAAAUUGAAGAUCAUAUCAGGCUGGAUGUUUAUUUGUCUCCCCAUGUCAAUGCGCUUUACGACAUGAUAAUGGGCAGACUGACAAAGAAGAGGAACAUGGAAGUGAUGACAGGAUCUCUGAAGGAAGGUCAAUUGAGUUGAGGACUAUUCCUUAAUAAAAGCCAAAUUAAAU